CCUGUGAAUCUUUUUUUUAAAAAUAUUUCAAAAUUUUUGUGUUAUAUUAAAGUGAACUCUAUAAGUAAUACAAGAUGAUCAAAUCUGGCGAAAAUAACAGAUAUAAUCCAGAAUGGAGUAAUGGUUAUAGUUUUGACGACAGGUCAGUGCGCCAUGAGUUUAUAUCAAAAGUCUUCUCUAUAGUAGCUGUCCAGAUUUUUGUCACUAUAGGAAUAAUAGGGAUGUUUGUAUUCAAUGAUGAUCUUAAAGUUUAUGUUUUACAACGUAUUUACUUAUUUUGGAUAGCAUUAGGAGCCACAUUCAUAUGUAUGUUGGUAUUGGUUUGCUGUGAAAAUGUACGUCGCACUUCUCCAACUAAUUAUAUAAUGCUCGGUAUCUUUACACUUUGUGAAGCGUUUUUAUUGGGAGUAAUAACCAUUUUUUACAAAUUGGAAUUGAUAUUGUAUGCUAUGGUUAUAACAUUUCUUGUUGUUGUUGGUCUAACGCUGUUUGCGUUACAAACACAGAUUGACUUCACAGCCUGUGGAGGUAUAAUGAUCGUAUUAGCGAUUAUUCUAUUAGUAAUGGGGAUCGUCAUGAUAUUCUUUCCCAGCCGCACAUUGCAUAUAAUUUAUUGUUGUUUUGGCGUUGGUAUAUUUGGGAUAUACUUGAUUUACGAUGUACAGUUAAUGGUGGGAGGCAACCAUGCCAAUUCUAUUUCACCAGAAGACUAUAUAUUUGCAGCGCUUUCAAUUUACAUUGAUGUUGUUACUUUAUUUAUGUAUAUUUUGCAAUUACUUAGCGCAACAACCGAUUAGCGUACUGUUACCGUAUAUAAAAUUUAUAUUGUAGUAUAUAAUACUACACAUAUAAAUUUCUAUUGUUACUUCAUAAUAAUAUUCAAAUAGUGAUUACAGAUUUGAGACAUCUGUAUUUAAAUUGAUAAAUAAACCGUAUUAAAGUA